AUGAAGCACACGACCGGUUUCGAGGGCAAGAGGGGACAAAGCCACCGCCCGACGAAGCCUCUUCCGAGACCCAAGCCGGAUCUGAGCUACUACACCAAUCCUCCCAAGUCCGAACUAGCCCGGGCAUUUUGGCGAUGGCGCAUCCGUAUGGAGGCCUCAUUCGCGAUCACGGUGCUGGAGCCUUGGGAGAAAGUCGUCGUCUUGUCUGUCCUCGCGAUCCUGUUUACCUUGAUUGCGGUCAGCCUCGUAAAGUUCGUGCCGCGGCAGUUGAUUACGAUGCAGCGGCGUGCGGUAUACUACAUUUGGGGCCAUGAAGCAGAGGCCGGCGGUGUCGACAAGCUGUGGCCAAGCCUCCUGAACUCGACCGACUCUGCCUAG